CCUCACCCCCAUCAUCAUAUAUACCACCAAACACAUAACUCAUUUGCUCUCUCUGUCUCUGUCUCUCUCUCUCUCUCUAAGUUUAGAAUUGCGAGUGUGUGUCGGCCGUUAAUUCAGCCUUGUGAGAAGUUGAGCUGAAUUUUGUCUACAAGAAGAUGGGCAGAAAGUGCUCACAUUGUGGAAACAUAGGCCACAAUUCCAGGACUUGCACAAAUUAUUAUAAGGCGUCUGCUACUUUUGUUGGAGGAUCACUUAGGCUCUUUGGUGUCCAACUAGACAUGUAUUCUUCAUCCUCUUCCAUUUCCAUCAAGAAAAGCUUCAGCAUGGACUGCCUCAACUCUUCUUCCUCUCCUUCCUCAUCCCCUUCUUCUUCAAUGUCUUCAAGAAUCGCCCUUGAUGAAGCUUCUCAUCUUGAUAAAGCCUCUAUUGGGUAUCUCUCUGAUGGUCUCAUUUGCCGCGCCCAAGAGAGAAAAAAAGGUGUUCCGUGGACAGAAGAAGAACACAGGAUAUUUCUAAUUGGGCUUGAGAAGCUAGGAAAGGGUGAUUGGAGAGGCAUCUCGAAGAACUAUGUCACAACAAGAACACCAACCCAAGUUGCUAGUCAUGCUCAGAAGUAUUUUCUUAGACAGGCAAGCCUCAACAAGAAGAAGAGACGAUCAAGCCUAUUUGACAUGGUUGGGACCAGCAACAGCAUGGUGGUUGGAAGUAGUCCUCUAAAUAGUUCUAACUUCAAGCCUAGUGAUGAUUAUCCAAUUCCUAAUAAUUUCUCUCAACCAAAAGCUCAAAGUUUAGUUUCAGAUAAUCCAAAACCAGAUGAUUUUUGUCCUCAAAUAGCUUCUUCUUCUUCUUCUUCUUCUUCUUCUUCUUUUUCACAUCAUACUCAUCAUCAUCAUCAUCAUUCUGUGCCUGUUUGGAUACACGGAUUAAUCAAUCCCCAGAUGAAAUCUAAUCCAAAUGCAGCAAAUAAACCAAUUAUGACUUCUUCAAAUGCUGCAUCAGCACCUGAUCUAGAGCUCAAGCUGGCCGGGCCGACAAGGCCGAAUUUGGAACAAAAUAAUAAGUCAUCUUCAGGCCACCUCUUUGUGGGCCCUAUUACUGUUACAUGAAUUUGAUCAUGACUCUCUCAACAGAUACAAAACCAUAGAGAAAUUAUAAUGAUUUGUGCAGUCAUAUUAUUAUUCCUAGGAGGUGGAGCAUGAUCAAGGAAGAUGAUAUCAUGCAAAUUCACCGUGUGUUAUAUACCGGUAUAGAUAGUAUGUGAUCUUAACCAAAUAUAGGAUAGUUAAUCUUUGUUUUUUCUUUUCUUUUCUUUUCUUUUCUUUUUUUCUAGGGAAUAAACAGAUGUAUGAUCAGUGACAAACGUUAUAUGGAAUUACUAGUUAUGACCAACGGAAAUUGUAUUUUC